AUGCAUCUAUCUCCUGGACCAGACCAGUGGUUUGGCUGGGGGGUGGAAGGUGGGGUGGUCUGUCUGGGUUGGCUGCUGGUAAGCAGUGAGAGGAUGGAGUUGAUCGGAGAGGGCUUAAGUCGGAGGAUGGGGGUUGGCUGGGUGGGAUGGUGGGAGUUGGACUUAACAGAGUUAACAUGGUUAAAAUUGUUGUUAAGUGGUUUGCCACAUGUCAAAAAGCUAGGAGGGAACAGGGUGGGCACAGGAUAUUUGGUAACAGGAAAAUUGGACUCCCAAAAUAUGCAGAACGCUGAUGGUGUAGAUGGCUCCCUUAUUUUGAUCAAGCAAGGAGCUGAAGCUAGAGUUUUCGAGUCUAGCUUUGUAGGAAAGAGGUCUAUUGUCAAGGAACGCUUCUCAAAAAAAUACAGGCACCCAUCUUUGGAUGCGAAGCUUACACUCAAGCGCCUCAAUGCAGAGGCCAGGUGCAUGACAAAAGCAAGACGACUUGGUGUCUAUACUCCAGUGCUUUACUCUGUAGACAUUGUGCUGCAUACCCUAACAUUUGAAUAUGUGGAGGGUCCUUCUGUCAAAGAUAUAUUUCUUGAAUUUGGGUUACGCAAUGGUGGUGUUGUUGAAGAACACAUGGAUGAUAUUGCAAUGCAGAUUGGUCAUGCAAUUGGAAAACUGCAUGAUGGUGGUCUCAUUCAUGGCGACCUGACCACAUCUAACAUGUUGAUUAGAGCUGCUACCAACCAGUUGGUUGUUAUUGAUUUCGGUCUGAGCUUUACAUCAACCCUUCCAGAAGAUAAAGCUGUGGAUUUGUAUGUUUUGGAACGAGCUUUGCUCUCAAUGCAUUCUUCGUGUGGGAAUGUGAUGGAUCGGAUCCUUGCUGCGUAUCGGAAGUCCUCAAAGCAGUGGUCGUCCACAUUAAACAAGUUAGCUCAAGUUCACAACUUUUACAGUGAGACAACGAGGCCGAAAGCGCACCAUGGUUGGAUGAGAGCUUCUUCACCUAUCAAUCAUAUUAGGAUAAAUGCACAAUAUGAGCAUUUGAGACACCUCAAUGAUCAAUUGGAUACUGCUUUAUACUGGAACCUAGGCGGUCUUUGA